UUGGUGUGGAUGGUGAACGUUGGGCUGGUAAAUCUUGGCUUAUUACAAAAUUUGCCGAAAAUGAUUUUUACCUUGGAGCAUACGAAGAAAAUUUGCAAGUAUAUGUAAUAACCACGUACAUUCAUUUGGAUAAUUGCACUAUUAAAGUAGAAUUUUUAGAGACAGGAUGGAACAUGAGACCAAAUAAAAAUUAUUAUAGUUAUAUUGACGGUGCUAUGCUUGUUUAUGAUAUUUCUCGCACCGAUGGAUUAAAGAUUAUAGAAGAACUUUUACAUGAAUAUACCAACACCGAUAGUAACUAUGUAACUAAUAAAAUUCCUAUUAUGAUUAUUGCAAACAAAUGGGGCGAAAGGGAUAAAAAUAAGUAUAAAGAUGAGGAUGAACUUUUAAAAGAGAUCAAAAAUUCU